UCCAUUUUCUGAGUUUAUAAGAUUAGUUUGACGUUUUAUAUAGAAAAGCUAAACUAAAAUGAAUUAAAAAUCAUUGAAUGAGUGCAAAAGUAGGAAUAUAAUGCAAUUCAAUCUUAACCGUAAAAAAGAUGUUGUUAAUAUCGUGAUAUCAGUAUCAUUAUUUAUUCUUGUUUCAUCAAUCAUAAUAGUGAUAUGACAAGGUCUAUUACAAAAUAUUUGUAACGUGAAUGUAGUUAGUGGAUUUGCUUGUGUCUGGUUAGGUAAACUGGUUAAUCGAUGUUAUUCUAUGAUUUGUCGUCACUGAUUUUCAAGUUCAAGUGGAAAUGGUUCGAGUCAACAGGCUAAUGGUGGAAGCGGAAGGGGCUGUCAUGACUCCCCACCGUAUUGAACUAUGUGAAAAAGAAUUACUUAGACCAGUACGAAGCUACAGAAGUCGAAGGAUUCUUGCUACCUCCCCUAAAAAGACUGAAAAUGGUGAUUUGCUAACAAAAGCGUCAAUAAGGAAAGCUCAAGUGAAAUCAAAACCACUUAAGAAUAGCAAUGGAACCAACAACAGUACACAUAUGUCAAAUGGCACCACUCUAAGGUCUCGUUCCUCAAGGACAUCAGCAAAGGGCAAUGACAGCCAUAAACUGACCGAGUACUUCAAAGAACAACUCAAAGUUCCCAAAGUGGAGUCUCCACCUCCACUAAAAACAAUAAAUAAGACUGCUAAAGUAGAAACUAAAGCUGUGAAUGGCCAUACAAAUAAUUUGAAUCAUAAAUUGACGGAGUAUUUUCCAGUACGACGCAGUGUUAGAAAAACUUCAAAAUGUGUUAUGGCAGAAAAGAUGCGUGAUUUGGAAAGGGCUGUGAGAGAGCAAACAGAAGAUGGACUUAAGGUAGAAUAUUUUGAUGGGAAGGGUCGCGGUGUGAUAGCGACUCGUGCGUUCGUGCGCGGUCAGUUCGUGGUGGAGUACGCGGGCGAGCUGGUGGGCGUUGCGGAGGCGCGGGAACGCGAACAGCGCUACGCACUAGAUCCGGAGGCUGGCUGCUACAUGUAUUACUUCAGGCACUGUGACCAACAGUAUUGUAUCGACGCGACGGCGGAGAGUGGUCGUCUAGGUCGAUUAGUGAAUCAUUCUCGUAAUGGCAACUUACACACCAAAGCAGUAUGGGUGGACGGACCGCGCCUUGUGCUGAUUGCGGCGCAGGACAUUGCGCCCGGGGACGAACUUACUUAUGACUAUGGUGACCGAUCUCGUGAGUCCCUCAGACAUCAUCCCUGGCUCGCACUUUGACCUGGGUAUGACUCCAGAAAUCUCAAAUGGACCUAGCAUUAUUUAUUUCAAUAUUAGUUAUGAUAAAUCUGUUUACUCUUAGUCGCAUAAAAAAGUUAAUUGUUGAUGUAGUAAAACAAGAGGCCUAAAACAUGUGGUUACAAUAACUAGACCAGUUUUUAAAUGUAAGCUUUGUUAACUGCCUUCAUUCAUAAAGACUAUGAAAAGAAACACAGUAUUUGAAAGUUACAAGAUAGUUUAAUAUGUGAAGUAUUUAGCAAGAUAAUGAAAGAUAACUGAUACCAAAACCUUAAGACCUUAAUAUUUUAUUGCCAAAACAAGAUAUUAACAUCUUGUAGAAUGAGAAAAGUAUAGUUUUUACUAAUAAAUCAGCUUCCUAAAGUCUUGAAUAUUUUAUACAAUAUAUAAAAACAAUUUCAAAUAUAGACUAUGAUUAAGGGUAGUUAAUAAAUUAAACCCCCCCCCUGACCUACCUAUAACAACGCCUAGGGUGGAGGGUGAGAUUUCCUCAUAUGAUGUAUUUAAAAAAAAUCCUUUGUUCGAAUGUACAAAUUCAGUUACAGUUAUCUUUCGUUAUAAACUUUCAUCACAAUUUUUAUCACAUGUAUUUCGUCAUCAAACAUUAUAGAAUUAGUAUUGAUGAACUCAGUAUUGCAAUAAUAAACAUUAUUUAUCUCAUAUUUGUCUAGAAUGAAUUAAAAAAAGGCAUAGUUGAAAGCAAUAAGAUCCCUCAUAAAUAUAAUUACGGUUUUUUAAUUAUAUGUCUUGAAUAUUAAUUUUCUUUAAUAUUUAAACAAUAUUAAUGAUAUAGUGUUGCCUUAAUCAUGAAAGGAUUUUUUUAAGUUGCACUUCUCGUAUAUUAUCUAAUUUAAUAUGAAUUUUACCAAAAUCUCUUUACAUCCUACAUUAAAUAUGUUAACUACUUAGUUUAUAAAAAUACAGCAAUAAAGCGUAAAUGAAAUUGUCCAUACAAA